UGUAUGUGUAUGUGUAUAUGUAUGUGUAUGUGUGUGUAAGCGGGUGGGGACGGAACGUGUGUGUGUGACAGAAACAGCUCAACAAACCGGCAAAAUUUAAUACAGUGCACUGGAGUUCCAACAAGAAGCUCAACGGGAAUUAAAAUAUCGCGGAAAGUUCAGAGGCUCUGCGUCGAAUGAACUGGAAUAUGAUUUAUUUUUGUAACCUGCUGCUUUAUUAACGUUACCUGUGGAGAAACCCGUACCAAAGUCCAACCUAACAUUUUAGACGUCGUGUGUCUGAGAGGGUUUUUGUUUUUUAAUUCAAAAUGAAGUGGCAGAAGAUGAUUUGGACGCUGCUGUUGCUGUUGACCUGUUUCUCCGGAGCAGAAGCAGGCGAAUGUCAGAAACCAAUCCUGGAAGACAACAUGUUGUUAACUGAUGAGGCUAUUAUGAAGAAUGAAUUUCCUGAUGGAUCUACUAUUUCUUUGGAGUGUGCAAAUGGCUUUGACCAAGUUCCCAGUUCUGAAAUAAUCACCUGUAAAGACGGCCAAUGGAGCAAACCGGACCUGAUCUGUAAAAAAAAAGACUGUGGUUAUCCUGAAUCCUCACCUAAUCUGGAAUAUCACAUUCCUAAUGGAACAUUGUUUGGUUCAUCAAUCAAACCAUUUUGUAAACCAGGAUAUUUUCUUCAGGGCUCUAGCUAUAGACAAUGCCUGGUGCAUGGCUGGAGUGGAAGGUCUUUUUGUGUAGAAAAAGACUGUGGUUAUCCUGAAUCCUCACCUAAUCUGGAAUAUCACAUUCCUAAUGGAACAUUGUUUGGUUCAUCAAUCAAACCAUUUUGUAAACCAGGAUAUUUUCUUCACGGCUCUAGCUAUAGACAAUGCCUGGUGCAUGGCUGGAGUGGAAGGUCUUUUUGUGUAGCGAUCACAUGUGGACAUCCUCCUGAGAUUCCUCACGCUAAGACAGAUAAGCCUCAUAAUAUGAUUCAUACUUUUGGAGCUAUCAUUAACUACAUCUGUGAUCCCAGUUACACUCUUGUUGGCAAUGACACCAUUAUUUGUCAGGAAACUGGCAACUUUAGUUCACCACUCCCACAGUGCAUAGAUACCAGUGCAACAACCAUUGGGCCAGAGAAUACAGUAACCAGUAGCACCAACUUUACUACACAAUACUUUCAAGACUCUACAGAUAAUAUUGGGUUUGGGAUUGUGAUUGGGAUUGUGAUUCUAAUCAUAGUUUGUGUUUUUUUUGUCCCUGUUAUCGUAUUGCAGCACAAUAAACGAAAAGGGUUAUACAUCUUGGCAUCUACACCUUCUAAUGAUAGUGGAUCUUAUGAAACCGGGGAAGACCAAAGAAAAAAAGAAGAAUUAAUACAAAAAAGCAUUGUCUAAAUCCAGUGCCCAUCCAAGGGCACAUAAUCGCACUGCUCCAGUCUACUCUGAUCCUGAAGCAAGCAUGUAGUGUUCAGGAGUGCUUUGGAUAAGCACAUUAUUACCUCCAUAAAGUUACAAGAGCUUUAUAUUUGCACAUUAUUUCUGAUCCUCAUAUAUAACAUUUUAAAUAGAGUUUUCCACUGUUUGUACAUAUUUGUAAUUAUUGUAAUAUAUAAAUACAUGUGAAGGUUUUUUUUUUUAAUACUAGGAUUCUAAAUCUGUCUCUUGGAAAUUUCCAUACCGGCUAUUUCCCUAAGUGGAAAUUUGGCGCUUGGUUCGGUAACACAGUUCCUCUCUGCAGUAAUAUGUUAGGCGUGUUGGCUCUUUGAGUGGUGUCUCGAAGAAAUAAUAAUCAGAUGGAUCUACUUUGUGUUCCAUUAUCAGGUCUGCAGACAUUCUUUCAGCCCAGAUAUUUAAAUACAAACCAAAAUGCUCUCUCAUUGUGCUCCGGAAAAUAAAUGAGUAAAAUAUGGACACAAAACAUCGUUUUAACUGAACUGAAGUGAAAGGUCUACUGUGUGAGACAGACACUGAUCUUGAUCCAGCAAACAAACCUGCAUUGUGUUUUACAGCAAGUUAACAAAAAAGCUCAUUCAGACAGUGUUCCUACUCAACAGAAUUGGGGCCUUAGAUGCAAAGAUAUUUUGAUGUAAUGCUUUAUAAGCAUCUUUAACACAUUGUGUAGGCUGUAAGGUAUUUAAUGAUGUGAUUAUUUUUUAAAUAAUGUA